AUGCAUUCACAUUCCUCCUCACAAGACGAGCUCUGUGACUCCAGCGUGGAGAGCGAGGGUUACGCGUUUGCGGAGGCUCGAGCCAGGGAGGACGGGCACCUAGCGUUUACGCCAUCCAAGACAUUGCACGCGCCUUGCUCAAACCGACACAAGAAGUUACGCCGGCGCUAUCUGGUUCAUAGCGAGUCAUCUCAAGCCCUCAAGGAGCGCUCGGGCUAUUUUGCCAGGGUUGGCGCGGCUAGUCACAUCGCUUCAUUCGAGAACGCCACAUACACCAAGUGCCAACAGAAGAAUGAGGAAGAUCAUGGGUUACGAACGAUUAGGGAGUUGAACAUGAAUUCCACACGGUCUGUUUCUCAACCCGAGCACCCUCAGCUUCCACCUUCGGAUCUCGAGCAACGCCGUUCUCCGCAUCAAACAAUCCCAACGUCCGAUACGCAGGCGAGGUCUCGCUCUACCACCCCCGACAGAGACCAAGAGCAUGAUUUCCUCGUACGACUUUCGACACGGGAAACCCCAUUCCUCAACCAGGCGCACAUCACUCCUAGCCCAGCUGCAGGCCACCAAUGCUAUGAUGGUAGGCAAGGAGAGGUUCACGAGCCCGGACUCAUACCGCAGCGCGAUCAUGGGUGUGUCGGUCAGUCCGUGAGUUCCAAUCUACCCACCAAUGACUGGAAUUCUGCUGACGCUCGAGAGCGAUUGGAGGGGCAAUAUGGGCAGGAUGUCGGAUCCAAACGUCAGUCAAACGACGCGCGCAGACCGGAGUGCGAAGGCGGCAAUCUCAAACGAGAGAUGGAGUAUGACUGCAGUGAUCGCCAAAUAACGACGGAUUACCGCCGCUACAGACGCGAACAGGAGAUGGAUCGUCGCCGCCACGCGCGUGAACAGGAGAUGGACCGUCGCCGCCAUGAUCGCGAACAGGAGAUGGAUCGCCGCCGCCACGAGCGUGAACAGGAGAUGGGCCGUUACCGCCAUGAGCGCGAACAGGAGAUGGACUGCCACCGCCAUAGACGCGAGCAGGAGAUUGAUCGUUGCCAGCGCAAACACGGACGAGUGGCAUAUUGCCGCUGCAGCCAUCUUCAAGCGGGGAUGCAGCACCGCGAAUCGGGAAUACAUCGUCGCAAGGAGAGGGAGCUUGAAGUGCGCCGUGAAUGUGUGCCGUACGGCCCUUACCCAGAUGCGUCUACUCUCGAAGCUGCUUACGGGCUUCUCCAACUUGCCAAUUCUUCGUCCGAUCUAAGUUAG